UAAAAGUCCCACAUAACGUCUAGAACUUCAAUUUACAAAACUAAAUCUUAACAAAAUGUUUAAAUUGAUCGUCUUGGUAUUCGCUGCACUCUUCGCCAUUGCUGCUGCCCGUCCCGGCUAUUUGGCUUCCUCACCCGUAGUCUACUCUUCGCACUAUGUACAACCUGUUGUAAGUGCUCAUUACUCUGUGCCCGUUGUCCACGCUCCCGUAGUACACACUGCUGUUGUUGCUCCUGUUGUACACGCUUCUCCUGUCUAUCACUCUUAUGGUGCUGUUGUCAAGAGCUAUGCUCCCGCUUAUGGUGCUUGGAAACACUAGACCUAGUGCUAAGGAUUAUGUUGUGUUGAGAUAUACACAUAUGAGGACCUGAAUUUUAAUUUAAGAAAUACAUCGAAUAAUAAAAUUUAAAUUUUAUAAAAAAAACU